GACGCGCCCGAGUAGAGUUCCGUGACCUAGAAACAAUGAGUCAUUCACAUGUUUUUAUACAGUAUCAUGUGAGUACAAAAGUAGUUCAAUCUUUAGCUUUGAUCAUAUUACUCUGGUUGAGUUGUCGGCAAAGAGUUAAUGAUGACGUCAGGGAGGUCGAUGGUGUGACGUCUCGUCGGCGUCACCUCGAUGAUGAUGAUGAUGACGAUGAUGAAGAGGAGCUGCAGCACCGAGUCAGCAGGCCCAUGAUGCGGAUGAAGUCUUCAGGAUAGCAACCUGUCCGUGGCUUGAGGACCCUUCAAACAUGGACGGACUGCGGCUACCCCCCCUCAUCGAGGAGGUCCUGGACUCUUGCGGCCAGCUGAAGGACGACAUGUGCGAGAAGACAGAAGAUGAGUUUGGCGAGGAGAACGAGGACGAUGAAGAGAUGGGCGUGGACGAGCUCCGCAUUCGGAUGGUGGAGCUGCUCGUGGAGCUGGAGGAGACGCGGCGAGACUCGCAAAGACACCGGGAGAACUUUCUGGAUAUGCGCACCAUGUUGGAGGAUGAGCGACUGGCUCGGGCCCACCAGGCGGAAACGUUCAGCAGACAAAUGGAAGCUCUCAAAGUGGAGCUGGCGGGCGUCCGGCAGGAGCUUGCGAUAGCGCGGCAGGAGAAGCAGAGCGAGCUGGAGGAGGCCCAGGAGGAGCUGUGCCGGGCCGAGGAGGCGGCACUGGCGCUGCAGGAAGCCGGCGAGGAGGCGGCGGCCGAGCGGGAGAACGACAUCGCUUGCCUCCAAGAGGAGCUGUGUCGCAUCCGGGCCCAGCUGCAGCGCGACGCGGCAGGCCGGCACGAGGCGGAGGUCGCCGCCCUCGGGACGGAGAGCGACGGCGAGGAUUGCUCCGGUGGAGACGCAGCGUGCCUGGAGGAGGAGUUUGCCUCUCUGAGCCGCCGGCGUCUUCUGCUAAGUAACGCCAACCGAGAGCUGAGCUGCAAAGUGAAACAAGAAGAGCAAGAGCAGCCGGCCUGGGUGACGCAGUACGACACCUACGUCAGUGUGUGCCGCCCCCCUGCCAGUCUUCCAGACGUCCAAGAACUUGAGGUGCAGGUGCGGCGAGCCCAGGACGCCGGGCUCCGGGCGCAGAGCGAGUGCGAGCGCGCGAAGCGUUCGCUCGGCUCGCUGCAGCGUCUCCAUGACGAGAGCCGGCACGAGCGCGCCGCCCUGGAGGAAGAGCUGCGUCACUGCAAGGCGGAACUGCGGCGGCUGCAGGGCGAGAGGGCGCAGGAUGAUGCGGGAGGUUGGAACCUUGUGCCGCUAGUGGUGGCGGUGGCAGCCAUCUUGGUUGCGGUGGUCCCCAGUUUGAAUCGAGCUUGACGGGAAGUGACAUCACGGCCGAAAAAAA